AUGACCAAUACUGCCGCGACAAGACCAACUACGGUUGAUCCUGCGGCAGCGAAUCCAUGUGAGACUGCGGCGUUCUCAGACGGAGCAGGAGACUCGGAGGGAGGAGCAGAGAUCGACGAUGGAGAGGAGGAAGGCGACGGAGAGAACGCUGAAGAGGGAGGAGGAGACGGUGGAGAGCUCAUUGGCGAAGGAGAAACGGCAGGUGGAGACUUCGUCGGAGAAACGGCAGGUGGAGUAGCAGCGGCCUUAGGAGACGACGCCGGAGAUUGUGCAACGGCAGAGAAGACUUGCAUAGCGGUGAGCAUGAGAAUGAGAGUGAAAGUUGAAGCCAUUUCAGAGACUGAGAUGUAG